AUGAAGCUGAAAUCUGGGUGUUUUCUGCAGCAUCUGCAUUUAGAUGAAGUAAUGUGCUUGUUGUCAGCAGGAAAUGCUGCAGUACUGGCAGACUAUUUCCAGCUCCUGGAUGUUCAUCGAAAGAAUUACCUGAACAAUCUGCAGUUUUAUUGCUUUGUCCAUUAUGUGACUGACCUGAAUAAGGACCAGCUCCUGCUGCUGUUUGACUUGCUGGACCAAAACACGAGGGGGAGGAUUUGCUUCAAUGAGUUCUACACAGUGAACCAUCUUGAAAAGCAGUUCAUCCACCGGCACACAGGACCCACCUUUCAACUGCUGGACAUAGACAGGGAUAAUGGGAUUGAUUUUAAUGAGUUUGAAGUUACAAGGUUUUUCUUCAGCAUCCAGAAAGAAGAACUCAAGAAGAUAUUCAAGUACUUCGAUAUUUCUGGAGAUGAGAAAGAUUACAAGUGCUGUACCUUGGCUUAUGCCUGUGCCAUGGAGAUGCUGAUGCCAGGUUCCUGGGUUAUUGUUUUUACUGAUAAUUCUCCUCCUCUACGUUCCAGUAUCCUCUCCAAUUAUUUGUUACAGGCAGUUGUUGCAUCUCUCCGGUAA